AUGUCUCCUUCGCCUGCGACACGCGACCGCCAGCAGCGCUCUAUCAAGGCCCAGUCCAUGCCCUCCGUCCCCUCCGUCAUGCAGACCAUGUCCAACCGCUCAUCACAGCAAUCGAGUCCCACCAAUCACACCACCUCCUCUGCAUCACACUCGACCACCAACUCGCCGAGCAACAGCAACGUCAGCCUGCUCUUGCACCAGCCAAAGCGCUCCUCUCCUGCGCCGAUCACCCAGACGCCACCCCAGCAGGCGUCUCGUCUACGUGAUGAUCAAGACCGGGACCAGCAGCAACAGCAAGGCCGAUCGACGCACUCCCCUGUUGGCGGCUCUCUUCCUCCGCAGCCCACCCACUCUUACAGCGCCUCCAACGUCCACCAGAGCAUGCCCCCACCCCCAUUCGUCCAGACGCACAGCCAGCCCAAUCUCCCUACCAUCGCCUCUGGCGCUAUCAACUCUGCUCCUCCCGUCACCUACCCUCGCCCGAUGGGCCACGCCCAGCCGCCGUUCAUGCAUCCAUAUCAGAGCCACAGCGUCGACGAGACCUGGCAGAUGACGGACGACCUCCUCAGGGAGAUCGAGCGCGCCGACCUCGCACACGCGCACGCCCUCGCCGCACAGCACGGACUGCACCCGCACGUCUUCCAGCAACAUGCGCUCGCGGCCCAGGCGGCGCAGCAGGCCGCGUUGGCGCGCAUGUCGCCCAUCCCCGCGCCAGGCACAGGCGGCGUCGCCUACGCAGGUGGCGCAGUGAGCGGGCCGGUGUACGUCCGCGAGUCGGCCAGCCCGGCUGUGGCGAUUGCGGGUGCGCUCGCGGACCGCAUGCGCGAGCGCGGGAGCCCCAAGGACCCCAUCGACGGCCAGCAGCAGCAGGGCAGGAGCAGGGGCGGGAGCAUGCGCGAACAACGCGAGCAGCAGCGCCCGGCGCAGACGACCGGGCCGUCGACCUCGCCCGCGUUCGUGCCUCUCCCGCAGGGGCGCUCGAGCACGCCCUCGGCGUUCUACACGCCCAUGACGUCGGAAGAUAACGGGGCGGACGACGGGGACGGGGACUAUGUCUCCUACAAGCGCGACGGCAAGGUGCCGUACUCGGGGUCCGUGGGCCCUUCUCCUCCCGCGCGGCGCGGCUCGAACGCGAGCAGUCUCGAGCUGAGGAGCACGCCCCCGGCUGGCGCGACGGGUUCGCGGGUGGCGAGUCAUACGCCGCCUAUGACGGGCGCGCCGACGAGCGCGCGGUCGGCGGACAAGUCGAUGCCGCUCCAGGAGGAGCCCGAGGACGACCACCAUCACCGCGUGCACCGGGAGGACGACGACGUGGUGCCCUCGCAGGACCGCGGCGGGCGCGAUAGCCGCAACGCCGGCACAAACAGCCGCAACGGGCGUAACAGCCGCGGCGACGCAGUGCGGGGGGACGACGACGACAACACUCUCAUUGAGGACGAGCAUGUCGAUAACGAGCGCGAUCGUCAUGUCGACUCGAAUGGGCAGGAUGACCAGAACAAUAGCGAUCAUGAGGAGGAUGGGGAUGGAGAUGAUAGUGCGGAGCACGAUAGCGGGACACCGAGGUCGCCGACGGUCGCGCUGCCAGAUAUAUAUCCGAAGUCGUAUAGUCCUAUGCCAACGACGGGGGCGGCGGCGAACGGGCACCACAAGGUGCCAUCGAUCGGGAAGCACUAUAGGGUGGGCUCGACGGAUCAGUUGGGGAUGCGGACUUUCGACACGGCGGUGUUUCAGCCAGGCGGUGCUGGUGGGGUCGGUGCUGGGGUCGGUGGUGACACGCAUAAACGUUUUCUGCCUCUGCGUGCAGAGUCUCCGCUGCGCCACCAGAUCUCGCGCUCGGACCUCUCCGUGCCGCAGAACGACUCGAACCCACCGCAGCAACAGCAACAACAACAGCAACAACACCAGCAACAGCAACAUCAACAGAACGGUGGGCAGCAGCAUCAACAGAACGGGGGCCGCUCCCGCUCCAACGACAACGUGCACACGCAGCCGCACUACCAGCCCCAGCCGCAACACUACCAAACCUGGGACGGCGGGCGCAACACCAUCGCCCUCCCCUCGCGCGAAGACACCGCAUCCGCCGCCAUGUCCGCCUCGAUGUGGACGGACGACCCCACCGCCGCAUAUCUCCAGGCGUACCUCCAGUCUCCGCGCCCGAACGCGCCCAUCCCGCCCACACCGCACAGCCAAACUGCCGCGCCGUCGCCGUCGCCGCUCAUCUCGAGCAUGAUGCACCAGGGCGCGCGCGCGCUCGGCUCGCCGUAUCCGUACCCGUUCUCGCAUAUGCGCAGGCCGCCCACGACGAGCUUCAGCGCGUACGGCGGGAGCGCAGGGCCGCUUGCGGGGUACCCUGGUGCUGCGAGCGGGAGUGGGCAGGGCGCCGGCGGCGCCGCCGGGGGCCCGCCGAGCUCGGUCGGGUACGAUCCGAACCAUCCGAGCGCGAUCGAGGAGCAGCUGGCGCUGCAGCUGCAGAUGUACGCGAUGAACAAUAACAGCAAUAAUAACGACGGCAACGGCAACAGUAACAGCUACGGGUACAGCAACAACGCCGGCGUUAUGUCGGAUACGUCGGCGUUCAGCCCGUCGAGCACGCCGUUCCCAGGGCCGAACUAUAACCCGUGGACGUUCGCGAGGGCGUUUGGCGGGCGCGCGGCCCCAAGGGGCAGGUUCGACUCGACGCUGAGCAGCGCGAUGAGCAUGCACAGCAGCCCGAGCCAUCAGCCUGUCAGUUUGCCGAGUUUCCCGGGGUACGGCGGCGGUGUUGGUGCCGGCGGCACCGCAGGGAGAACUCGCGGACGCAAGGCAGGGAAGAAGGACAAGUCGUCGGGACUGAAGAACGAGAUCGGACGCGCCAAGUCGCGCGGGCGGCCGAGCGGGGAUGCGGCCGGCAAGGUGGGCGGGGGCGCGGUGGUGGAGAAGGUGCAGCCGCCGCCGAGGGUGCAGAGCACGCAGCCGCGGGAGACGAGUCCCGAGCCGUUUUCGUCGGGCGAGGAGACGGCGGGCGAGGACUGGCUGAAUGGGCCUGGGAGCGGGAACGGGAGCGGCGGGGGGACGACGUUGAAUGGGCACGAGGUGAAUGAGGACGAGGCGGAUGAGGAUGGGGAGUAUUCGGGCGAGGAGAUCGGGGAGGAUGAUGAGUGGGUGGACGAGGAGGAGGAUGCGAGUGGAGACUUGUUGGAUCUGGAGCUGCAUCCUGAUUAUGUGGUUAGUGUGGAGAAGAGGCGGAGGAGGUUCGAUGCCAAGUGGGAGACGCUGGUCCAGGCUUUCAACGCACUCGACCGCGAAACCGACACAACCAUGGCCCUCCUCGCCGCCCCCUCGCACACCUCGAACCUCCAUGCCGUCCUCUCGCGCGGCAUUCGACGCGACCAGAGCUUCCAAGCCUCCCCCGCAAUGGCCUCCCUCCGGAAACACUUCCGCACCGUCGCAUCCCGGCGUCGCGUCGCCGCCCGCGCACGCUCCGCCUCCUCGCUCAUGGAGCGUCUCAUGUCCGACGAAUACUCGAACGGCGCGGGCGGCUCCAGCGCGAGCCCCGACGGCGGAAGCGGCGACGGGCGGCGCGAGGAGGAUCUCAAGCGCGCGCUCGAGACGGCGCUCGGCAGCCUUGAGACGCUCCGGAAGAUAUACGAGGUGCGCACGGCACGGUGGGAGGACGAGAUGGCGCGUAUUGCGGAUGAGCGGGGGCAGGUUGAGCUGCUGCUGAGGCAGACGCUGGGUGUGGGCCUGCAGAAUGGGGGGCCGCCGCCGCCAGCGCCAGGGCAGGUUGGGGCGUUCCCGCUUUGA